CCACACCUUGCUUUUCCGGAUCUUAUACCACCAAUCUGCCGCAAUGAAGAGGAAGCUCGAUGCCAAUGAUGUUCCUUCGACUGAGGUCGCAGAAGGAAGUGACUCUCAUGAUAACGGUUUCGAAAGCCUCAACCUAGAUCCGCGGCUGCGCCAAGCCCUGAUAAAAGAGAAAUUUACAAAGCCCACCCUCGUUCAAUCCAAGGCUAUUCCUCUAGCUCUUGAAGGAAAGGAUAUUCUAGCGCGUGCGAAAACCGGCUCUGGCAAAACUGCUUCUUAUGUCCUCCCCAUACUACAGACGAUACUUCAGAAAAAAGCUGUUCGUUAAUCUCAUAGAUUGGCUUGCUUUUUAUGCUUUGUCCUGGGAAGUGUAGUCACUGAUGCUGUGAUUCCGGACAGGCAAACCCUUCCCUCAAGGCGACUGCUGGCCUUAUCCUCGUCCCAACCCGAGAACUUGCCGAACAGGUCCAGAAUGUCGUUACUACAUUUGCAUCGUUCUGUGGAAAGGAUUUCCGUUCAGUGAACCUUACCCUCAAGGUAUCCGAUGCGGUUCAACGUUCCAUGCUCGCCGAUUUCCCUGACUUGGUUGUCUCUACACCUGCUCGAGUUCUAACGAACGUCAACAAUUCUGCCCUUUCCUUGGAGAAUCUAUGUCAUCUUGUGAUUGAUGAGGCUGAUUUGGUUCUUUCAUAUGGAUACGACGAAGAUAUCCACGCUUUAGCAAAGGCAAUUCCCCGGGGCGUCCAGACAUUUCUUAUGAGUGCCACCCUUACGCCCGAAGUGGAUGUUUUGAAGGGCCUGUUCUGUCGAAGCCCCGUUAUCUUGAAACUGGAGGAAGAAGAGGAUAAAGGUUCUGGUAUCAGCCAGUUCGUCGUCAGAUGUGCUGAAGAUGAAAAGUUCCUUUUGACAUAUGUGAUUUUCAAACUUCAAUUAAUAAAGGGGAAGUGUCUGAUUUUUGUCGGAGACGUGGAUCGAUGCUACCGCCUUAAGCUGUUCCUGGAGCAAUUUGGGAUCAAAAGCUGCGUUCUUAACUCAGAGCUACCGGUUAACUCCCGGAUACACGUUGUUCAGGAAUUUAACAAGGGCGUUUAUGAUGUUAUCAUUGCUGCCGACGACCAAGAAGUUUUGGGGAACCGCAAGCCGUCUAAAUCCAGCAAACCCGAGGAAGCAGCCUCUAGCGAAGACGAAGAUCAAGGAGAUGGAGAUGAAGAGAACAACAAUGCCUCCCACUCAGAUAAACGCCGCAAGCUCACCACAAAACAAAAAGACUACGGAAUCUCUCGCGGCAUCGACUUCCAGAACGUCGCCUGCGUGCUUAACUUCGACUUGCCGACCACCUCCAAAUCCUACACACACCGCAUCGGGCGCACAGGACGAGCCGGAAAGACAGGCAUGGCACUCUCCUUUGUCAUCCCCUCCGACCAGUUUGGAAAGCACAAACCCACCAGCUUCCCCCCAUCCAAACACGACGAAGCCGUCCUGGCAAAGAUAGUCAAACGCCAAGCCAAACUCGGCAACGAAGUGAAACCCUACCACUUCGAAAUGAAACAAGUCGACGCCUUCCGCUACCGCAUGACUGACGCCCUCCGCGCCAUUACCCGUCUCGCGGUCCAGGAGGCCCGAGCCCGUGAAAUCCGCCAGGAACUCGUCAAGAGCGAGAAGCUCAAACGCCAUUUCGAGGAGAACCCGGAUGAACUGCGUCAUCUGCGACAUGACGGUGAACUUCGCGCAGCGCGCGUCCAGCCUCAUUUGAAGCAUGUACCUGAUUACCUGCUUCCUGCUAAGGGGAAGAAGGGCAUUACGAGUUCUGAUAUCGGGUAUGUGGGAUUUAGCAAGGCGAAUGAUAACCGGAUUCGAAAAUCAAGAGACAAGCAUCGUGGUAGAGGGAGGGGGAAGGCACCCGGUGGUAAGGUUGAUCCGUUGAAGAUGUUUAAUAGGAGAAAAAAGUGAUUUGAGGUUACAUCCUGUAUGUACUGUCUAUAAUGAUACCAUUGUUAUACUCGAAUAUACAGUGUACAGUGGCAUUCCCUGAUGCGUACAUGUUCGAAAUACCCAGGGCUACUAGGUGGUAAAGGAUAAAGUGCAUGUUGCUACUAAAUGUCUAUAAAUCUAUACAUAUCGAUGCUUAAAAGACGAGAUUUCUA